CCCCUUCUCCCUCUCCCCGUAACAGACUACCAGUUCACGUUUCAGUUACUCUCUUCGAUUUUCUUCCAUUUCCUUAUCAAAAUCAAAACGCAGGUUCGUGAACUGAAGCCAAAUUUCAGGUUCACAAAUUAGAGAGCUAAAAACCAGUUUCUUUCAAUCGAAUUCCCAGUCAAUUAUUUUGGGUUUGGACCAUAAUGAGGAAGCAUGCUGAUUUAAACCAAUUGCCUUCUUCAACCAAGAUUAAAUUCGAGGAGAGCGAUUCCUCAAGUGAAGAUAGCGAGUCGUUUUCUGAAGAUGAGGAAGUCAAUAUACAGAAUGAACUUGCUGAUGUACCAUUUGGAGAGUUACAGAAGGCGCGUGCAGAUGGCAGCACCCUUGCCUUGCACCGGAAACGCGAAUCUGAGAAUAAGUCUAAGCGAGCAAAUAAAAACAGGCCAAUGGAGGUGAGUAGCAAAAAGCCUGUUAGUAGAUUCAGAGAAGUGAUUCAAGUGCCUAAGAAGGUAGUACGUGAUCCACGUUUUGAGUCUCUUUGCGGCACGCUUGAUGAAGAGGGGUUCAAGAAGAGAUACAAAUUUAUCUACGAAGAGAACCUUCCCGUCGAAAAAGAAGAAUUGAAGAAGUUGUUGGGGUCAUCAAAAGACCCUGAAGUCAUUGAAAAAUUGAGAAAUCAGAUUUCCGUGAUUGACAAACAAAUGAAGUCUGAUUCAAUACAGCUCAGAAGAGAUCAAAUUCUUUCUGAGCAGAAGAAGAGGGUGAGAGAAGCAGUAAAGCAAGGAAAACGUCCCUUUUAUAUCAAGAAAUCUGAAGUCCGAGAACAGAUGCACAUCGAGAAGUACAAUAAACUCAAGGAUUCUGGUAAGCUGGAUUCUUUCAUGGAAAAGAAGAGGAGGAGGAACGCUGCAAAGGACCAUAGGUUCAUGCCUUACAGGAAGGCUAACAAUAAUGAGUAACAACACAACUCUAUUAGGAUACUUGAGAUCUUUACUGACUUGCCGAUGAGCAAGUUCUCCUUCCAAUUUUCACUGCAUUCAGAAAUGGGACUUAUACACCGAGUACAAAGUAUUUUUCUCGUACUAUUUUUCGUAUCGUAGCGGCAACUUCCUUUUGUACUUGUAGAGAUAUGGAUUAUACCUAUUGUUUCAAUUUCCAAACUACGGAGUACUCCGUAUAUAGCAGUGUUUUUCAAUUGUAUUUGUGAAUACUCUGUAUGCAGCGAAUACAAGCAGAAUAUACCUGAUCAA